AAUGGCUUCUUGGAAUUCAUUGCCCCUCCAUGUCUCUUACGAAGUUGUGGGUUGGCUUGUUUUCACUUUGUGGUCUAUCAGUUUCUACCCACAAGUCAUCUUAAACUAUCGUAGGAAAAGUGUGGUGGGAUUGAACUUUGAUUUUGAGGUGUUGAAUCUCACGAAGCACACCUGUUAUUUGAUAUACAAUGCAUCUCUAUACUUCAGUUCUACUGUUCAGAAGCAAUACAAAGACAAAUAUGGUCAUAAUGAGAUGAUACCUGUAGCAGCAAAUGAUGUUGCCUUCUCAUCCCAUGCUGUUCUGCUCACAAUUUUUACCAUAUUCCAGAUUGCAAUCUAUGAUCGUGGAAAUCAGAAGGUGUCAAAAAUAGCUCGUGGAAUUCUAUUUGUUGCUUGGUCAGUUGCUGCAAUAUGCUUCUUCAUAGCUUUGUCUAACCAUCAUUGGCUUUGGCUUCUCUCAAUAUUAAGUGGCAUUCAAGUUUGUAUGACGGUUAUAAAAUAUCUUCCCCAGGCUGUGAUGAACUAUAGGAGAAAGAGUACGGAAGGGUGGAGCAUUGGUAACAUAUUGCUGGACUUUUCUGGAAGCAUAGGAAACUAUGGUCAAAUGGUUAUACAAUCCAUAGAUCAAGGUUCGUGGGCAAACUUCUCUGGAGAUAUAGGAAAACUAAUGAUUUCUCUGGUUUCUGUGUUUUAUAACAUUCUAUUCAUGAUCCAACAUUAUAUACUAUAUCGACCAAAACAAGUCUCAAACUCUGAAACCCCACUUGAAGUUGAGAUCAACAAGUCUUCUGAUAUACCAGCUGCGGCAAAGAUUGUAUAGGAUUUGAUGUAGUUCAUGAUCUAUCUUUGAAUAUCCAAGUAUCCCAGAAAAGAUCAAGGAUAAAUAUGGAAAUAAAUCAACUCAAAAAUUUUUAAUUUCAACAAAAGAACCUCGGUAGUAUUUUUUUAAUUUUUCAUAUUUAUUAUUAUUAAGUAUGAUUGAUAUUCUUAGAGGG